AUGUCACGUCACGGGUAUCAACCUAUUCGCGCGCACACCAGUCAACGCGACGAAUGCGACGAAACAGCUCUGCAUCUCUUGAGUUGCCCCGCUCUUCAUCCACUGCGAGUUCAAUUUACGAUAGUUGAUGAUAUACCCCUGAAGAAACUAUGUUUUUCUAAGCGGUUAGCACAGUUCCUAAUUGCGGUGGAGCGGAACUACGCUAUGCCACAGACUUCACGCCAAGAGAAACCUUACGUAGCCUACCUUCCCCACCUCUCUAAAAUCAGCGACGAGCUUGCUUAUGGAAACCCUGAUAGAAGAGUAAGCUCAAGACAUCUGUCACCUAACAAACAAGCGACAAAAUAA